AGAGAGAGAGAGAGAGAGAGAAAGGGAGACCACCAACAUCAACAUCACCACCACCGUGCAGGAAAAACGGCUGUCCCCUCAGAGACCAUCCCCGACGCCCACACUUCCGGACUGGAGCCUCAGGAGGCAGCUGGGUCGGGAUCAGUGACUGUAAAAAGAAGGUUGGGAUGCAUCCAUCCAUCUCCCGGUGCUGCUUGAGAUGAAGAUAAGACGACGACGUCUUCUCCGGUGAAACGGCGAUGCUCGUUACGUUCCAUUUAGACCGGCCCGUUACAAUCUGAGCACAACUGAUCCAAAUCGCGGCGGCUAUUCGCCCACACUCAGAGGGGAUUCGGGCUUUAGCCAUACUGUCUGUCUGCUGUCAACUGUUGCUUAUUUCCACUGUAAAUGAAUCUUAUAAGGUUUAUGAACAACCGUGUUCCUCCUAACAAGAGAUACCAGCCCACAGAAUAUGAGCAUGCUGCCAACUGUGCCACGCAUGCGCUAUGGAUAAUUCCCAGCUUGCUGGGCAGCUCAGUAUUGCACUUCCAGUCGGAGGACCAAUGGGAGCGGCUGUCGGCCUGGGUGUACGGGGCGGGGCUCAGCUCGCUCUUCAUCAUCUCCACCCUGUUCCACACUGUGGCCUGGAAGAAGAGCCACCUACGGUCUGUGGAGCACUGUUUCCACAUGUGUGACAGGAUGGUGAUCUAUUUCUUCAUUGCAGCCUCCUACGCCCCUUGGCUGAACCUGCGGGAGCUGGGUCCCUGGGGGUGUCACAUGCGCUGGCUGGUGUGGGUCAUGGCCUCUUUUGGAACCACCUACGUCUUCUUCUUCCAUGAGAGGUAUAAGAUCACGGAGUUGAUCUGCUAUAUGGUGAUGGGAGUUUUUCCUGCCCUGGUCAUCCUCUCAAUGCCGGAGCAGUCGGGGUUAUAUGAGCUGCUGGUGGGCGGAGCCUGCUACUGUUUGGGGAUGGUCUUUUUUAAAAGUGAUGGCAUCGUCCCAUUCGCUCAUGCCAUUUGGCACCUGUUUGUAGCUAUGGGAGCAGCCAUACACUACUACGCCAUCUGGAAGUACCUUUAUGCCCAGCCAUCCAGUCAGGUCCAGACCUCCAGAUGACAUCAGCGCUGACCUCACAAGUAGCUCUAGUGUUUGAGCAACUUCAAGGGGUUAAUGUGAGCUGUGUCCCAAUUCAGGAGUUGCUUCCUUUGGAAAGCAAGUGAACCUCCUCCACAAAUAAGAUGGUGUAGUCUCACAGUAACAAAAACUAAUGGUGCAUUUAGGUGAUACUCGUCAACUUGUGAAGCAAAAAAAAAUCCACGUUCAUCACAUGGUUCAUCACCAGAAAGUUGCACUCAAUUGGCCAGUACAGAUGUAACAAGUCUACUGCAACGCUAGCUGCUCUGUGAGGCUGUACAGCGGUGCUUUGAGCUAAAUGCUAACGUCAGCAUGCUAACAUGCACACAAUGUAACAUGUUGAUAUUUAGAAGGUAUAAUGUUUCUUAAUAAUUAUAUAAUCGUCAAAGAUGCAUUUUAUCCUGAGAGGGGAAUCAGUGUAUGAACUGCACCUACUUUUAUGGAGAUCUAGCCAGUGAAAACAGUUCAUUUGAAGCCACAAAUACAAACAUCAUGAUGAUGCUAGAGGCUUGUGGAUCACCAAAGUCAUUAAGAUACAACUUCUAGGGACCAUGAAUUUUGUGAAAAAACUUUGGUGGCACAAGAGGAAAAGUCAAAAGCGGUGAACCGUCUGACCGACCGACAUUGCCAUCUCUAGGCUGGCCAGCAUGGUUAAAGAACCAGUAGUCAAACACAGGCAGGUUUAACAAUAACUGAGUUUACAGUACCAGUUGUGAUGUUUCACUUUAACACAUGAUGGACAACUGCAAACAGUGUACUAUAGUAAUGGUAAAUGCAUCAAUAUUACUUUAAUAUACCUUAAUAUACCUUAGUUUUACGCCUGGCUGCUAUUACUUACCUAAUUUAUGAGUUCAUGACGACACCUGAACGCAUCAUUAACCAAUUGCCCUGCAUGCAAUGGAUUGUAGGAUACUGUGGUGGAUACUGGAAAUAAUUCACCGGUUGUUCUGGAGGACACUGCAUUGAGGCGGCCUUUUAGCUUGUUGUUAAAACUCUGGACAUCAAAGGAGGCAACCCGUCAAUCAGGACACAGCUUCUUUUUUUUCUUUUUUUUUUUUUACCGAUCCAGUUUAGUUCAAUCUUAAAAUAUUUUUGCAGGUACUUUGGUUUCAUUCCAAUGAUCAGGGGUUUAAUUACUAUUCUUGGAGAUUUCUCUCUAUGUGGUGCAUGUCCUGAUUCAGUGUUCAGAAGCUGAAUUGAAGGCAUUGUCUUAUUGUCAAGUGGAGGACAAUGUUUACAAUUAGCUAACUUGACUAUCAUAAUUAGUUUCAGGACAUUAUUUAAAGUAUUAUUAUCAUCAAUAACAGAAGGUUAUGGUUUGAUUAUAUUUAAGAGGUUGCAACAUCAGUAAUUUACUAUUCCAAUUCAGAGCUCUAGAUAGUAUUAUUACUGUUUGUUAGUUGUGCUAUCUACACUGUAGUAUACUAUAUGGUUUAACAGCAGUUGCUUCAGUCAGUGAUUAACUGUGAUUUCUAAAUCAAGCAUGACUGUAGAAUAAUAUUUUCUUUAAUGUUGAACAUACAGAUGUUUAUGGUUUUGGUCUCGGAGACUUUACUUGUGAGCUUCCACCUUUACCCGGCUCUACACAGUAGAUUGCCAAGCAUAAUUCCUGAAUUCUAAUAGUUUACUGUUGUUGAUUAGGCUUAGUAAGUGGAGAUGUCAUCAGUACAAUUUAUACAGUAUAUAUUUAUUAAUGACGUACAGUAUAUGUUGACUUUAUCUAUAUUUUCUUCUAAUGUACUUAAAGUAUCAGCUGAUUAUCUUUGUCAUCUUCAACUUAAUGAAUGGGACCCAUUUGAUAGAGUCUUUCAAAGUUACAUGGUUGAACCUCAGAAGGGAAAACCACUGUCUGAUUCAGCACUGCCAGAAGACUGACAUACUGCCGUACCUGA